CGUCUAACAAGUAUCUCAAUUAUCGGAGCAGCGAUGCUUCCUUUUAAUCGAUAUAAUUGCUCAUAAUUUAUUAAAAUCAUCAAUCCACCACUGACAGUAAAAUGACAACAGAAGCUGGUGCCGAAAUCGAACUUUUGGAACGCGUAUUGCUGCGUCUCGGAUGUGCAGAGACGGAUGAAAAAUUGGAAUCGACAGUGGCAAAAUUCUUACCUCCAGUGAUUCUCAAAAUAAACUCUCCACAUGAACUGGUGCGCACAAAGGUUGUUGAAGUACUAACACACAUUAAACGCCGGUUAACAUCCCGUGGUCAGGUGAAAAUACCAGUGGAGGAGUUGCUUAAUUUAUAUGGCGCUCCUGAAAGUACUACUUUUCUUAAAAAUUUCGCCAUUAUUUUUAUCGCAAUGGGCUAUUCGAGAUUGCCGUUGGAUAACCAAGCUGCGCUUGUUGCCAAUAUGGUGAGCUGCGAAAGUGAACUGGAAGACUAUCAGGACAAACUAUUCACAUUGCUGCUGCCGAUACUGGGUGACAUCAAAAUACCUGAGGAUCCAGCACAGCGCACCAUGUUUCUUAAACUACAAGACAAGCCAGCAAUCACCAAAAGUUUUCUGUCUUUUCUGUUGGAUGUCUUACUACUUCCUUAUGGUAUCACACAGGAUCAUGAAGUCCCGCCAGGAAUGAGUAUGUACUCGUUUAAACGCGUGGUCGCCCACAACUGGCGUGCCGAGGAGCUGGAGAAAACAAAAAAGGGUAUAGUGCGUUUCAUAUGUUCGGGAGUGUUCAUGGACUUGGAGAUUUUCCCUUUGCUGGUUGUGGCGUCGGCCGAUACCCGCUUUAGUGUGGCCACCCCCGCGAUAGCUGAGCUUAGUAAAGUAUGUACCAUGCUUGACUUCGCCAACCCAGCUGUAACUGCUCCGCUUUACACACUCUUUAUUGGAAACCAAAAUAAAAUGACUCAUCGGAAACAAAGUCCGUGCUGUGCUCGCGUGCGUCAAAAGAUAUUGCAAUAUUUGAUAAAAUGCCGUGGAAAAAGUAUUAAUGUACCUAAAGGCAUACAGACCAUAUUUGAUAGUUUAUUCGGCACGAAUACAAAUCAGAAGUGCAAGGUGCUGUCACUCCAAUUUGCCGAGCUUAUGCUUAAAGAUGGUCCACAUGAAGUGAUCUCUAAAGUAUCCAAAGUUAUUUUAACGGGUAUUGUUAAAAUCACCGGACGUGAAUGUGUAGAGCCCAAUGAUGUACAAAACGCAGCAUAUGCCGCUUUAGCUCAACAUGCUCGCAGUUUCCCUCAGGAUGUCAAUCAAGACCUAAAACUUGUACUUAGUUGUUUUAAUAGUUUGUCCACAAGCACCAUUGAAUCUCAGGCUUCGAUACGUGAGGCGCUCAUAUCAAUGGCAACCGCUUUUGCCUGGAAAGCAACGUACGUAACAAAUGCUAUUAACUCUAAGAGUAAUGAAACAUCUGUGAAGCUAACUGGACAGCAGCAGUUACUGCUGGCCAUGCUAAUCGACAAUGCGGAAUCUAGUGCUCAAAUUGUGCAAAACGUAACGAGUGUUUUUCUCACAAAUUGCUUUCCACCACAUUAUGCGCCACCGCGGUAUCUCUUGCUGCUUAUCGCAGGUGAACGGAAUUCUCUCCGCGAAAAUGUAACAACGUUUCUCUACGGUACCUCCAAGAAAGAUCACGUUAACUUUGACAUGUUGCAUUCCAUUGAGCAUCUAGGGAGUAAUCCAAUAGACAACUCGAAUAAGUUAUUGCCUGAGCAACGCCAUAUUGUGCUACCUAGUUUUAGUGACAUGAUGGCAUACGUUAACGAGAUGGCCCAAAAACGAAUAAAAAAGAAUACUGCUCGUAUACUAGUAGGUGGUAGAACACUGCCUUUCAGCCUAGAAGCAUACGAAGAGAUUCAGUACUAUCUUCGCAUUUGUCUAUGGUAUUCUGCUGGCAUUAAAUCGGCACCGGGAAAUGAAAAAUAUGUAAAGGAGUUGAGACAACAUAUUGUUUUGAAUUACAACGUAAAUGAUGAGAACAAUGCUCUGCACCAAUAUUUACUGUUCCUGCAACAUAGCUUAGAGGUCAAACGCUCGGAAUCGAAUUUGCUGUGCCUGUAUGAUCUGUUAAAUGCAGCUCCCGAGAUAUUUGCUGUCAAGCAAAUACAUUUGCUUGAGCCACUAAGCAACUCGUUAAGGGAUGUAUCAGAAACGAUGCGCGUGCAUGUGGCUCAAGUAUACGCCAUUCUUUUGGCGUUUGGAUUGCCGGAUGACCAAUUCGAUCAGGAAGUAGGCAAAUGCCUGACAAGUUUUUCUCAACAAACACUGGAGCACCAGCAUGGCUGGCUUUUGGUUUUAGGACAAAGCUUAAAUAGAAAAAUUGAAUUUUUGCUGCGGCAACGGUCGAUGAAAGAUUUCGGAAAGUGGGGAAUCUUCGUAGAUACAAUCAAAGUUAUAGCUAAAAUGCUUUCCGAGACGCAGUGGCUGCUCGUUUCAGCGGCGGUCAAAUGCAUCUGCAUGAUAGGCAAAACCGUUCAGAUACCAAAUGUGCAUGAAGAAUUUCAAGUGAUUUGCAAUAAUGAUAAAGAAAAAUUAGCAGAAGACAAAACGUCAACCAAGCUAAUUAUAUUUGAGAGAGUUUUUCAGCUUUUAUGCACUACUUCAGUGCGCCAAAAGAUACGAGAAGAGGCAGCUAAAUGCCUGGGGUACUUAGCAAUUGGUGAUGGCGCUUACUUUAGUUUACGAAAUUUGGACAAAAUACUAUCGCUGGUCAAGUUACAAAAGGAUGCAGCUCUAAACAUUGCAAUAUCGGAGGCCAUUGUCAACACAAUAUGCGGUUACGAUGUUAAUGUUGGUCCGCCGGCUGAAGACUUUGUGAAUAUUCAUUGCAACGAUGACGCGUUUGAGAAGUUUUUGAAUUCCCUCCUAACGCUUGCAACUGAGCCAAAUCAACACUCCCGUCAGGCCGUCUCUGUUUGGUUGCUGGGAGUUGUCAAGCACUGCAGCCUCCGACCGUCUGUACUCAACAAAAAACAAUUGCUGCAACUGACCUUCAUAGAGCUGUUAUCUGAUGAUAGCGAAUUCGUUCAAGAUGUUGCUUCACGGGGUCUCAGCCUGGUCUAUUCACUCUCCGAUGCGAACGGUCAAACUGACUUGGCUAACUCACUACUAGAUCAGCUGAUCGGAGGCAAACGCAAGGUCAAUCAGGUUGCGCCGAACACAGAACUUUUUGCAGAGGGUACCCUCGGGAAAACACCAAUGGGUGGAAACAUUACAACUUAUAAGGAGCUGUGCGCACUUGCAUCGGAUCUAAACCAGCCCGACAUGAUAUAUAAAUUCAUGCAACUUGCUAAUCACAAUGCCACUUGGACAAGCAAGCUAGGUGCAGCUUUUGGCAUCAAGACACUAUCUGCAGAUUCACGUCUAAAAAUGCAGCCGUAUCUAGGUAAAAUAAUACCGAGGCUUUAUCGCUAUAAAUACGACCCAACACCAAAGAUACAAAAUUCUAUGAUUACAAUUUGGGAUUCAAUUGUCAUCGAUUCCAAAAAUGCUAUUGAGCAAUAUUAUUGGGAAAUAUUUCAUGAACUUUUGGAGAAUUUCACAAGCAAAGAGUGGCGGGUGCGCAUCGCUUGCUGUCUGGCAGUGAGGGACUUACUGAAGCGUCCCAAUGGCUUGCGCUUACGGAGCGAGGAAUGUAAGCCAAAUGCCACUUCUUCUUCGCUACAAAAAAUAUCGGAAGGAAUGGAUGUAGAUGAGGUUCCUGAACCCGAGCUAAAGGAGCUUUGGUAUCAGCUUUUCCGAGUCAUGGAUGAUAUACACGAGGGCACGCGACUAGCCGCUCAAGGUACUGCUACUGUUUUAGGCAAGCUUUGUACGGUCGCAGUCUCGGAGGAGCAUGGAAAAUUACGAAGUGCAGUAGCAACUUCCGUACUACCAUUUCUGCUUAAUGAGGGCGUGGACCAUAAAGUUGGGGAAAUUCGCAACGUGAGCUUAAAGACCAUUUCGGAUAUGAUUGAAUCAUCGCGUGUGAAUAUAGCACCACAUCUGGUGACACUAAUACCCUGUUUGCUAAAGGCCACGGGUGAGCUAGAAAGCUUGAAGCUCUCCUAUGUGUCAACACGUUUGGGCGCUGACAACGAGGCGCAAGAAGCUGUUGACUCGUUACGCGCAGAGGCAGCCAAAUCACAUCAUACAAUGGAAACAAUUAACAAAUGCGUACAAUUUAUAGAAUAUCCAGUGCUUGAGAAGAUGACGCCUUCAGUUUUAGAGCUAAUGAAGACCAGCGUCAAUUUGGGUACCAAAAUUGGAUGCGCGCAUUUUGUUUGUCUGAUCACCAUACGAUUAGGCAAAGAGAUGACGCCUUUGGUCAGCAAAUACUUGGGCGCUUGCUUCUUAGGAAUAAAAGAUCGCAACGCAAUUGUACGCAAAUACAACGCCAGUGCGAUUGGGCAUCUAAUGGGUUUGGCUAAGGAUCAAUCCAUCAAAAAUCUCUUCCAAAAACUCGAUGAGCUUUAUAUGGAGCAGCCUGGCAAUCGCGCCAUCGCCUUGACUAUACAAUCAAUGAAUAAGCGCAAUCACGAGAUGUUGAAAGACUACAUGGAUAAUGUACUGCCGCUUAUUUUCUACGCUAUGCACGAAGAAGAAAAUAUGGACUCUAAAACCAAUAUAGAAAUGUGGAAGGAUUUAUGGAGCGACAUAAACACCGGAGAUGCCGGCAUUCGCCUCAAUCUCCAUGCUAUUAUACCGAAACUGGAAGUUUCGCUAGUAGAUGCCAGUUGGUCGCGAAAGACGCAGGCUGGUAAUGCCAUUCAUACCAUAGCAGUUCGAUUGGGGCCCAGGUUAGAGGAGGCAGAGCGUGUACGCCUCAUUAUGCAGUUGCUUUCGGCACUAUACGGACGGACAUUUCAAGGAAAGGGGCGUCUUCUACAGGCAUUGGCUUCGCUUUGCAAACACCUUAAUCGACAGCACGAGAUAUGCCUAAGUAUUAUAGAAGCUUGUAUGCGUGAAGCACGAAAAGAGGAGCCGCACUAUCGUAUUCUGGCAUUGAAAGCUCUUGGUGAUGUUUUGGAGUUACUUGAAGCGGAUCGUUUUGAGGAAGUUUACAACAUGAUUUGGUAUUUGUUGGAAAUGAAGGAUCUGGGCAUAAACAAUUUGGAAGAUGAGGACGAAAUGUUUUUGGUCAAGGAUCAGACGAUAGAUGAGCGAAACAAGCGCGCUCAGAUCCUAAACAAUUUAAAAGAAGUAGUUUGGGAAACAUUAGGUAAAUCAUGGCCCAAGCAUGCCAUCGAGACGCAGCGUAAGUUUCAGUUGCUGUUCGCCACUCAUUGCACAACAAUUCUAAGCGAAAGCACGCGGCCAGUACAAGUAAGUCUUUUGGCUGCUUUAACCAAAUACAUUGAGCGGCUGUACAUUUUUGAUGAAGCUGCUGAAUUUUCUCAGCUAUCAGAAGUAAAUAGUGAAAAAAAACUUAAAACCGAGUCGCAAUUUAUGCAAACACACGAAAUAAUUGUAAAGCAGAUUAGCACCGAUGUAUUGGCCGCUGUUUCCCUGGCCGCCGCACUACCCCAUACGGGUCUAAAGAAGGAAGCCUUGAACAUAAUUUUAGUGUUAAUAAAACGUGUAAACAUAAACGACAAGCAAACUUUAACAGUUAUCAAGCAGAAUUUCGAAUCAAAUCUUGAACAUUUUCAACGCGACUCUGCUCCAGAGGUUCGCUGCCGCAUUAAGGACAUCGAGAAAAAACUGAGCAAUUUAAAUUAAAUGGUGAUGGAGAAAACUGCAAAAAUGUUCAUUUCGUAGGUACUGGAAAUUAUAUAAACCGUGUCUUUAUUGACAGCAUAUAGAAAUUAAUUCCCGCAAAGUUAAUUUAAAUAAAAUAAAAUCU